AUGGAGGCCUUCACGUUCGCGACCUCAACCCAGGUGGACUUCCCAGUCCAUGUGAAGAUCGCCACCUUGGAGGGCAAACAGAAGCAACUACCUUUCUCGGUUCUUCUGAAGAACCCCGAGUUGCGACACCUCGGUUCAAAUCAGAGCCCUGUCUCCGACCUGUUCGUGACGGUUCAGCUAUGGUCGGAUUCGAAGCCUCUCGGGGUUCCCAUGCAGACCUCCUACAAGUCCUUCAAGACAAGUCGAACAUGGAAUGAGUGGCUGCAAAUGCCCGUGUCCCUGAAGGACGCUCCUCUCCGAUCACAGUUGGCGAUCACGAUCUGGGAUUUAUCUCCGCUUGGCGGGAAAAAUGCCUACGCUCAUGCGGUUCCUUUCGGAGGCACGACUAUCUCUUUGUUCGAUGCAGACGGAAAAUUGAGGAUGGGCAGGCAGAAAUGCAAGAUCCACAGGCAUAAGGCGGCCGAUGGCUUCUCCUCAACAACAACCCCCGCAAUUCCGCCCCCGAAGCGUCGCAAGGCUAAUGGCUCCGCUGCAUUCGACCCGUCUCCUGAAGAACUCGAGCUCGAGCGCGUGGAAGGUCUGAUCAAGAAGCACGAAAUGGGCGAAAUUCCUCGCAUAGAUUGGCUGGACCAGAUGGUGUUCCGUCAGCUAGAGAAGAUCAAGUUGAGCGCAGAGGACGCUGCGAGGAAGAGGGCCAUCAGGAUGCAGGCUGCGAAGGCGAAGCAUGGGAAGAACCAGGAUGGUGACGACGAGGAGGAGUCCGACGCGGAAGAGUUCGACGAGGAGAAUUUCGUGCUCUAUAUAGAAUUUCCGCGUUUUGAUCACCCCAUCGUCUGGGCGGACCAUGAGUAUCCACCGCCUCCUGUCUCGUCCUACCCACAGCAUGCGCAAUCCAACCCCAACUCCACCCUCAAGCCGCCUCCAGAGGUUCGACUGGGCCCCGGAAUUGAAGGCGCAGACAAUGCUGGUGAGAACAGAGUGAUUAGGAUCUACGAUCCGGAGGUGGGUCAAACGGGGAAUCCGUGCGAAGACAAGCACAGAAGGCUUGUCCGCAGUCAUCGAACUGGAAUUAUGGAUCGCGAUCUGAAACCCAACCCCAAAAUCCGCGAUGAGCUGAACGUCAUCAUGUCUUAUGGGCCUACUCAAGAGCUGAGUGCUGAGGAGAAGGAUCUCAUCUGGAGGUUCAGAUAUUACUUAACCCGCGACAAGAGAGCAUUGACCAAAUUCGUCAAAUCAGUCAAUUGGCGAGACGUUGGCGAGGCUCGACAGGCGGUCGAAAUCCUUCCGAAAUGGACGGAGAUUGACGUCGAUGACGCCUUGGAGCUCCUGGGGCCCACGUUUGACAACACUGCGGUUCGUGCGUAUGCGGUUGAUCGUCUGCGCAAAGCUGGGGAUGAUGAGCUGCUUCUCUAUCUUUUGCAACUUGUGCAGGCCUUGAAGUUCGAAAAGACAUCCGAGGAGAAUACAGAGAAUGCAGAGGAUGCAGCGCAUGACUCAUCCUUGGCCAACUUUCUCAUUGCCCGUGCGGCGAAUAACUUUACGCUGGGGAACUAUCUUCAUUGGUAUCUCAUGGUGGAAUGCGACGAUACCGGCGUCGGAAACGUGUCAGCGCAUCGGAGGCUUUUCGCUCGCGUCGAGUACUACUUUAUGGCCGAACUGGAGAAGGUGCAUCCCGAGCAUAGAAGGACGCUGCUGCGACAGGGUGAGUUGAUAACGGUCUUGUCGCGGAUCGCCAAAGACAUUCGGUUCUCUAGAGAAAACCGAGCCUUGAAAAUUGAGAAACUCAAAAAGUAUCUCAAAGACCCAAAGAACGAGAUCAUCAAUAUCGACCCGCCUCUGCCACUUCCGUUGGAUCCGUCGGUGUUGAUCACUGGCUGCUUUCCCGACGAAUGCAACGUCUUCAAGUCUUCAUUGUCACCGUUGCUGAUUAAUUUCAAAACCGUCGAUGGCCGCAAAUAUCCCGUCCAUUUCAAGGUCGGCGAUGACCUCCGUCAGGAUCAACUCGUGAUUCAGAUCAUUACCCUGAUGGAUCGCCUCUUGCAAAAGGAGAAUCUCGAUUUGAAACUGACUCCAUACCGUAUUCUCGCGACAGGCUCGAACGCCGGGGCAGCUCAAUUCAUCCCGUCGACGUCACUCUCUGCGGCGUCGGCCAAAUACAAAGGCUCGAUCCUGGCGUACCUCCGAGACAACAAUCCGGAUGAGAAUGAGCCUCUCGGUGUGCGCAAGGAAACGAUGGACACGUACAUCAAAUCCUGCGCAGGGUACUGUGUAAUAACGUAUCUCCUGGGCGUGGGCGAUCGGCAUCUGGACAAUCUUCUACUGGCGCCAGACGGCCAUUUCUUCCAUGCGGAUUUCGGGUUUAUUCUGGGUCGCGACCCCAAACCAUUUGCGCCGAUGAUGAAGCUGUGCAAGGAGAUGGUUGAGGGGAUGGGGGGCGCGAAUUCGCCUCACUACCUUCAAUUCAAGCAGCACUGUUUCACCGCGUACACGACGCUGCGCAAGUCGUCGAACCUCAUCCUCAACCUGUUCAGCCUGAUGGUUGACGCCAACAUCCCCGACAUCCGCGUCGAGCCGGACAAGGCCGUCCUGAAGGUCAAGGAGCGGUUCCACCUCGAGCUGAGCGAGGAAGAGGCGAUCCGCCACUUUGAGCAGCUGAUCAACGACAGCGUCAAUGCCAUUUUCGGCGUGGUCAUUGACCGGCUGCAUGAUUUUGUGCAGGGAUGGCGGACCUAG